AUGGCAACAUUAGCGUAUCCUAAAGACUGCCCUUGUUGCGAAUCCACUCUACAUUCGCUAGAUGACCUGAAAGAACACCUGCGAACUCGUCAGUCCCAGGUUCAGGCGCUCGAAGACGAGCUCUUUCGUGUUAUUGAACGAACUGAGUUUAGUGCCCCCAGGGCUAUACCGGAUACACAGACGACAGACACUACAGAUACAGGAUCCGAUGACACUAAUUCUUUAUCAGAGAGACGUCAGCUAAUAGAGGGACCGUCGAGACCGGCGAAUGAUCCCCAGGUCGAAUCUGACUCUAGCCAAAUCAGCAAUUAUUUCAUCGACCAGUCCGAGAAGGGCUUUAUGCAUCUGCUCAAGAAUGGAUCUCCUCAGUAUAUCGAUGCGUACAGAAGAUUUAGGGAGCAACGCUAUUUCGAGUUACGUGUUGCUUUCAAAGAGAAUACUGGGCAACCUUCUGCAGGACUUGUCCAUUACUGGAUUCCAGAGGCCACGGUUCAAAAGUUUGACAAUGCUGCUGUUUGCACAUACUGGCACGCCCGCUUGGGCGCUGACGGAAAGCCUGUAGGGCGGCCCUACGAUGAAGUUGAUCUUCAAGUUCUCAAGAUCGUGGGAUACAAGGACAGGAGUCAAGCGGAGUUUUGGGUACAGACUGUCGGAGAUCCUGUCCUCCAUCCAGGUCUUAUAUCCACAAUCGAAAAAUGGUCAGAUGAUCCAGAGGAACCAGAAGGUAAGGCCUUGUUCCGAUAUAGGCCUACCUAUAUGACCGUUGCUGAAGUGCGAGAUAAAUGGCCCCGCCAGUACGAGCACUGGAUGAACGGUGCAAAGCGCCAAGAGGAUCGCAAGGCUCUCCAAGUACUUUAUGGUCACCGAGCAAACCUAAACCACGAGCGAUUUGAGAUCUCAAGGCUGGCUUUCAAUUGGGCUCCGACAUGGUGUGACGAGAAAGUUGUCCAUAAUUCGCAUCCUUUUGCUCUGAUUACCUACUUUAAGAGCGAUCCAAAAGUGCGAACAGGAGAGAAUGAUAUGUCGCUGAUCGCACCCAGAAUCUUCAAAAUCGUGCGAUGGCGUCGGGGUGAAGACGGACAACUUCUUUUCACCUACCAAAAGCUUGGAGAGUCUGAGCUUGAGGAUGAUUUAGAGGAGGGAGAUUUAAGAGCUGUAGAGAAGCUUGAUAAGAAGAUGCUUGGUGUAUAUAGAAAGAAAAACAGACUAUAG